CUGGACUUAACCGUUCAAAUCCAGAGUUCGGAGUUCGGGUGUUUUGUUUAAAAUUCGUGGUUGAUUGGCUUUUGGAUUAAAAAAACACAAAGAUGACGAUAAGCAAGAAUAAUAAGAUGCUUCAGCAUCUUAAUUAUCGAAUGCGAGUGACUCUGCAAGACAGUCGCAUUUUCAUUGGAACUUUCAAAGCGUUUGAUAAGCACAUGAAUCUUAUUUUGGGCGACUGUGAAGAAUUUCGCAAGAUAAAGCCGAAGAAAAAUAAAGAUAGUGAAAAAGAAGAGAAAAGGGUUCUCGGUCUUGUACUAUUGCGCGGCGAAAACAUAGUAUCGUUGACUGUUGAAGGACCACCACCUGCUGAAGAAGGUAUUCCCAGAGUCCCCAUUCCUGGAGCUGUUCCUGGAUUGGGACUUGGUCGUGCGGCUGGAAGAGGUGUUCCUGCUGCUCCAGUUGGUACUGCACCUGUCGGAUUGCAAGGACCAGUACGAGGUGUAGGAGGCCCUUCACCUCAAGUGAUGGCUCCCCAAGGUCGUGCCGCUGGCGUGGCUGCUCCACCACAGAUGAGACCCCCCAUGCCGGGUCCUGCACCACAGGGUCAGAGAAUGGCAGCGCCCCCCAUGCCAGGCAGAGGGGCACCCCCUCCUGGCAUGAUGGGCCCACCUCCAGGAAUGAUGGGUCGCGGAAUGCCACCUGGACCCAUGGGCAGAGGCAUGCCACAACAACAGAUGGGAGCACCACCACCUGGUAUGAGAGGACCCCCACCUGGAAUGAUGAGGGGAGGACCUCCACCUGGCAUGAGACCACCACCAAGACCUUAAAAUAUGGACUCCAUUGUUUUAUUAGUUAUACCGUCAUUCAUUUAUCUGUGUUCUGUAAUUUCUAUCAACAUUAAAUAUUUUUAAAUAUUGA